ACCACCACAAUCGUGGAAUUUAUGCGUGGUGGCGAGGUUAGGAGCUUAGGGCGUGGUGCUUUUGGUGGACGUCUGUUGGUGCCGGCGGAUAAAUGCUUGUUUCGGGAAAUAUAGGGCUUCAGGUCCUCUUCGUGUUUGUGAUUUUCCCAGUAAUCUGCUUGGUAAUCCGGCGGAAAUGGCGGCUCUCAGUAGCGAGGAAGGAAGAAAUUAAUCGUUUGUUAGUUUUGUCGUCUGAGGAGGCUUAUAGAGCUGAGCUUGAGGCCUCCGCUGGGUAUACUUCUUCAUCGUUUACUCCUCCUGGUCACCAGUGCGCGGUCUGUUACUGUCCAACGACCACACGCUGCGCUCGGUGCAAAGCGGUUCGAUAUUGUUCUGGUAAGUGUCAAAUCAUACACUGGCGUCAAGGCCAUAAGGAUAAUUGCCAUCCUCCCAGCAUCUCCAAUCAGGCUAUUGCAUCUAGAACAGAUUUCGAGCAGAAAUUGACAGAACAGGAUCAUUAUGAAUCAUCUACUUCUGAUUCAUCUAUUGCAUCGUUUUCUGGAUUCUCUACUUCCAAUAUAAGCGGCGAAUCAUCUGAUGAUACUUCUACUAGUGAUGGUAGUAGUCAAAUAGAACCCGAGAAAUUUGAUGGAUAUAUGUCUGCUGAUGGAACACCUGACUCACUCGAGAUUACCAGAGGCAUUGACAUUGCUGAUCAAACUAAGCCAUUGUCACCCAAGUUUGGUAACUUGGUUGAUUCUAUGGAUAGUUUUCUGCCUUCUAGCAAACUGAAUCAGCUUAAAUCCAGUGGCAGUCAUGGGAAGGAUUCACAUUCUUCCCUUAAUUCUUCUAGUUUUGUAAUUAAUGGCAAUCAUAAAGAUUCUGGUUCGACGGUUUCUUCUGAUUUUUGGGCUAGAACUCUCGACCAUAGGGGAUCUACAAGAGAUUCCCUGGGUGAGUCUGCCUCACCCAAUCUCAGUGGAGGCCAUAGUAGGAAGUUGUCUAAUCUGCAAUCUCCAACGCCUUUUUCAUUCAACUCAUCAAAUGUUUUGCAAGCACGCAGCUUUGAGGAUAAGAAUGCAUCCAACAUCACCCUUCCUUGUGCCCCAGAAGUUAAGAAAGAUAAGAAGCCUUUGGAUGGGGAAAAUUUAUCGAAAAAUUAUAGCCCUUCAAAUGUCUGCAACUCUGCGCCUUCCAAUCAUCAAGGGCAUAAAAAGACUGGUAAUUUUACUAAGUCAACAUCAAAUUCUCAUGGACUUAGAUCCAGGUCAACUUCAAGUGUUCGUCCACUAAAUGGUUUAGGAGGAAAAGCACUUGAUUCAAAUGUCAGUGUCUCACCACCCCUGAGAUCUGAAAGGUCAAGUAAAGUUGUGGGUGGCCCUAUUGACACUAUUUCAAAGGUACAGGGUAAAGAUGGGAAUUUCUCACAAAGAAAAAUUGAUUCUGAUUGUUCUCUACCUUCAAGUGCUGGUGGGACAUCAGUUUCACUUUCACGCAUACAGUCAGGCAGAGUAGACAGCGUGCAGGCAACUUCUGGCAUUCCCUCCCAAGUUGCAUCUACUCUGAACUCAAAAAACGGCUUGAAAACAUCCAUGUUGAAAGUUGUUGAUCAGUUUAGAGGGUCCAAGUUGUUAAAAAACAAUCAUACUUGUACCGUCACUGAAAUUCCAGGAAGGUUUAAUUAUAAGGGGCUUUUCUCCUAUGACCACUUUGUUAAGCUUUAUAAUUGGAACAAGUUGGAAUUGCAACCGGCUGGCCUCAUUAAUUGUGGGAACAGCUGCUAUGCCAAUGUUGUGCUCCAGUGCCUUGCAUUCACUCCACCUCUGACCGCUUAUUUUCUCCAAGGACUUCAUUCCAGAUCAUGUAUAAAGAAGGGGUGGUGUUUUAAUUGUGAGUUUGAAAAUCUAAUUUUGAAAGUCAAGGAAGGGAGAUCCCCAUUAUCUCCUGUUGGAAUAAUUUCUCAGCUGCCUAGUAUUGGCCGUCAACUUGGUAAUGGGAAGGAAGAGGACGCACAUGAAUUUCUGAGGUAUGCUAUUGAUACAAUGCAAUCUGUUUGCUGUAUGGAAUCUGGAGUGAAAUCAUCAGGCUCUUGGGAAGAAGAAACAACUUUAGUAGGACUUACUUUUGGAGGCUACCUUUUCUCAAAGAUAAAAUGCACAAGGUGCCAGAGCAGGUCAGAACGGCAGGAAAGAAUUAUGGACCUUACAGUUGAGAUAGAAGGGGAUAUUGGUAGACUAGAAGAGGCUCUUCGAAAAUUUACCAGCACAGAGAUUUUGGACGGUGACAACAAGUAUCUGUGUGGCAGAUGCAAAUCUUAUGUAAGGGCAAAAAAGAAAUUGAAAAUACUGGAAGCUCCCAAUAUUCUUACUGUUGUAUUGAAGCGCUUUCAGUCAGGAAAUUUUGGAAAGCUCAAUAAGCCUAUCAAGUUCCCUGAGAUAUUAGAUUUGACACCAUUUGUACGUGGAACCAGUGAUAAAUCACUAUUAUACCGGCUCUAUGGAGUGGUUGUUCACUUGGAUGUUUUGAAUUCAUCAUUUUCGGGGCACUAUGUGUGCUAUGUCAAGAAUGUCAAAAAUAAGUGGUUCAAGAUUGAUGAUAGCACGGUAACUCCUGUGGACCUUGAAACUGUAUUGACGAAAGGGGCUUACAUGCUUCUUUACUCGAGGUGCCUGCCCAAGGCUCCGAGAUUGAUACGGCACGGCAUUGUUACUCCCGAUCCUAAGGCCAGAGUGCAUUCCAGGACCGAUGAAAGGAAUGCAGCAACUAAAACCACAACCACUUCCACACAUCAGUUAUACGUGAAGGAACAUCCUGGUGAACAUGGAAGCAUUGGUUCCUUCCAUUUUGGACAUCCCCAGAUUCAUAGGAUUUUUGAAGAGGACUCAUCCAGUGAUAAUUCAUCUCUCAUCAGCAGUACUUCUGAUGAAGGUUCCUACAGUACCGAGAGCACUCGCGACUCUACAAGUGCCGAUGAGUUGUCAGAUUACAUAUUUGGCGAUCCGGGGCGUGUAUGGAACACUUGGCAAAACAUUCCGAAUCUAACUCAUCUCCCGUGAAUUUGAAGAAGCAUUCAGUCAUUCACCUCUAGCUGAUCAGGACAGGUACGCAUCAGCUUCUCCCGCUCGUGUCGAGCCUGCUGUGGGGAUUAAAGGUCUUGCAGGCAAGGGGAGGGGAAGCGUUCCGAUUUUGCCAUCUGACUCGAGUAGACGAGGUAGAAAAUAGUAAGUAGUAGUAGUAGUAAUAGUUGGGAAACUAACACUGACCAUGUAGGUUAUAACAAUGUAAAGUGUAGUGUAUGUAUUAGAAAAUCAACUGAAGAAACGAUAUACUGAAUUAUUUAACUGUUAUAUACAUUGAGUUAGAAAUUGGUAAAUAAGAGUUGGGACAAUGCUCUACUUUUGAAUU